UCAUAACAAUCGUAUAUAUGCGUACAAUAAUAAAUUUCACCUUGUUUUCCAGGACGCCAAAUAAAUUUCAAUGUUAGAUAAAUUUGAUACAAGGUGUUUUUUAAAAGCUACAACAGAUUAAUAAAAUUUUAAUAAUUAUCACAAAAUGCAAGAUCUAUGCCCAUUGUGUUCGAAAAAUGGCCUUAAGAAUAAAAUAAAAUUAUUGCAAAUUAAUUUACAAGAGGCUGUAUGGGUAUGUGAAGAAGAAAAGUGUGUAUGGCCUUUUGGAUAUGAAGAUUUUGUAUAUUGUCCAAGAACAGUAGGAAAAGUUUGGUCUUGUUAUUGGAAUGAUUAUAAGCCAACAACACCACGAUUAAAAGAAAAUCUUAUAACAUCAAAUUCAUCAAAGCUACCAUUAUGUUUUACACCUGUAAUACCUAGCAAACAUAUACAAAAAGAAGUUAUCAAUAAUUCAGAUAUGCAUCCUUCAGAGAAUAUUAAUGCUACACAUAACAAUUCAAAUAUAAUAAACUCAAAUACUAAUUUUGAUGAUCUACAUAUUUCUGUUUUUAGAGAAUCAAGUAUGAUAUCAAACAUUAAUAUCGAAGAACAAUACAACGAUACCAAUACUUUAAAUAAUGGAACUACUGUAAGUAAUGUACAUAGCAAUAAAUUACAAUCGAUUAAUGAUAAUAUAGAAGAUAUAAAAAUUGAGAAUGAAUGGAAAAAUUUAUUAAAUGAAGAUAUUAAAGAAAAAAAUGAUAUUUCCAUAGAAAAUGUUAAAAGUAUGAAUACUGUCAAGAAGGCGCCAAAAAUAACAAGUAUUGAAAAAACAAACAUUAUUAUUUCUAAUAUGAAAAUAGGAAAUCAGAUCCCUAAUGUUAAGUUAAGAAAUGAAGAAUCUGUUCAUCAAAAAUCAAAGAAGGAAAUUUUAGGUGUUGAAUCUGUAGAUGUUACAGGAACUAAAUUGAAACCAGAAGUUGAAGAAUUACCAAAUUUAGAACCAAGUGAAAAUAAUGAAAAUAUAUUAAAACCUAAUUUAAAUAUAACUACGAUGGAAAUAGAUGGUUUACCACCUAUCACAUUAUCAUUUGAAAUUCCAGCAUGCUCUACAGCUCCUGAAACAGUAAUAGCUAAUAGACAACUAGGUAGUUAUAAAAGUAAUAAUACAAAACCAAACAGUUGCAAAGUGAAAGAUAUAGUUGUAAAACGGAAUAUAAGUAGUGGUAAAAUAUAUGAGAAAUUCAAUUUUAGUGCAAUUAAGAAAAAGCUGGAAUCAAAUAAUUCCAGCAAUAUUAUUAAUAACAAAGAUAAUUUUUCUAAUGCGAAGACACAAAUUCAAAAGAUAGAAAAUGAUUCACCAGAACCAAAAUCAAUUUCAAAUGAAAGUAAUAUUUGUGUAUCGAAUGAACUUGAUAAGUCUUAUUCUUCAGAUAUGAAGAUACAAGCUCAGCAAGUAAAAAAUGAUUCACCAGAAAUAAUUUCAAAUGUGAAUGCUACUUGCGUACAAAAUCAACUUGAUGAAUCUGUAACAUCCUUAUCAAAUCAGGAAAUUGUGGAAUCUGAUACUGUAGCAGUCAAUGCUAGUGCAAAUAUAGAUACUGUUUUGGAAGAGCUUAUAUGUAAUAAUUAUAGUAUUUCUGAAAAUAUAAAUGAUAACUGGAUAGAAUCUCUAUUAACCCAGCGUUAGAUUAAUGAUAUACUAUAAUUAAUUGUAUUUAGUUACAUUCUCUGGACAAUAUUAUACAGUUCCCUAUCUCAAUCAUUUAUAGAAAAUAAUAAUAAUAAUAUGUCAUUUUAUACUAUACAGUCCUAUUAUACAACUAGAAUUUUGUUUAUUUAUGGAAAUAAAAAAUUGUUACUGAUUGUAAUUUUAAACUGGAAUUAUAGAAUAAUUUUUACAAAUAGACUUGUAUUAAUUAUGUUCACUUGAUAAGUAUUUAGACACUUUGUAUUUUUUUGUAUGCCUCUAAUGUCUUACAAUAUAUGGCUGGCUUUGAUUUAACAAAGAUACAAAAACUAUCAUGUGCAAAUUGCAUACAAUAUUUAAAACAAGAAAUAUUUAUCAACCACAAGGAGGACUUGGUAAAUAUAAUUAUUAGGGGUUAUAUAAAGAUAAGAUUUCUUUAUAUUGUAAAAAAUAUAACAAAAAUUAACAGUACAAAACAAAUGGAGAGAAAAAUGAAAGUAAAAUAAAUCAUUUUAAAAUUUAACAAAAUGCACUGUGUUCAAUCUUCUCAGCAAUUUUAACACUCCUUAAAUAUUAUGUUGUUUCUCAAGAUUAUAGAUUUCAUUUUAAGUAAGUGUUAUAUAUAAAUAUUAUAUGCACUCAUUUUAUUUAAUUAUUUUAAUAUUUAUAUUUCUUUAAUUAUUAGUAAAAAUUAAAUUAUGUUCUGUGCAUCAAUAAUGUUCUGUAUUAAAUCUCUGUAAACUAUUCUCAAUUAAUUCUUUAUUCUGUUAUUUAAUUUAUUUAUUCUAAACUUUCAUUUAUGCUUUCAAAAAUUGAACAAUUCUGUUUAAGAAUCAAGAAAUUUGAAUUUUGUAAUUUUGCCUUGCCACCUGUUGCGUGAACAUAAUUAAAUGUUAAUAUAUAUAUAUACUUCAGCUGUAAAUAUUGUAAGAUUGAAUGAUGGGAACGGUAUGAUUAUUAGAUUUGUUAAAUUAGUUUUGCAUGCUCUAUAAUAGUACUGAAAAAUAAAUAUAUGGUUUUAUAAAGAAAAAAUUUUGAUGAUCUUGAAAGCUUGUAAAAAGAGGGACUGUGAAAAAAUCUAUUUCCAUUUUCACUGUUAUAUAUAUAUACAACAAUAAAUAAGACAAAUAUUUAGGUGAUCACAGUUAGCUAGGUCAUUCUUUAUAAUUAAUGUAGUAUGGGAAUAUUAUAUAUUUAACAGAUAUCUACUAUACAUAGGCACAUAACUUUAUUAUGCAACACAUGGUAUAUUUAAAUAUAUGCAUUAUAAGUAUUAUAAUAGUCUUUAUGACUAAUUACAUAAUACAUUUUAUAAAUAUAUGAUAUCGUUCUAUUUAAAUAAUUUGAAAAUUUUAGUAUAAAAAUAAUUGUAUUUUUAUAUAAUCCUAAAGUAAAGAAAUCACUUCUUAUCUCUUGUAAUCCACGUAAAAAAUGUUUAUUCUAGAUAACUGUACUAGAAUCAUUUUAUUAUUCUUUCGUAUCACUUAAAAAAGGAGGGAAUAUAACAUAAAUAUUGUUUUUUAAACAUAUUUCGACAUAAAUAAUAUGUACUGAUAUUUUCUAGUUGUUUUAUGUAUAUAAUGUAUGUUACAAUAUAAUACAGUUUAUGUAUAAAUUGUCACGACAAUAUAUUUAAUAAAAAUGGUCUUUUUAAUAUAGUGAGUACUGCCAUGAUGUGAUUGUUUCAAAGUAUUAUAAUUGUACAUAAUACAUUUUGAAAAUAUUUUAAGUGAAAGAAAUUGUCACAUAGUUUAUAAUCCAAUUACCUAAUGAAUAUAAUAUUUAAAUGAAUGUUUUUAAAGAGUAAUAAUAAAGUAAUUCGAAGAGUAAUUGCUAUUAAAUGUAUAGUAAGUAUUUUUCUAUUUUCACAAUUAUGAAUUGAUGAAGGAAUAAUUGCAACAGAAUUUUAAGAUGUUUACAAUGAGUGUUGAAAAGGAAACAAGUAUGUUAUACAAUAUAAUAUAUUUUUUAAAAGAUUGCAAUAAUACAAUGAUGUCAGAUUGUAUAAUAUAUGAAAUCAGAACAGAGUGAAAGUGAAAGUAAAAUAUGCAGCAAAAUUAUUGCAAAAAAUAUAUUUAUAUUGUACAAUUACAGUAAAUUGCAAAAUAAAAUGAUUGUUACCUAUGAAUAAAAAGGCGAUUGUAAAUA